GGAACAGCUUUACAAAGUGCGAAAACGAGUCACAACCGAGUUGAAUAUUUUCACACCAACGGCACGUGUUUUGUUAAAAUAAGGAACUGAAAUUUUACCUUUUUUUUUGUUUUAAAAAAAAAAAUCCAAAAUCACGUAUUUCAACAACACCACACCACUAGUCAUCUUCACCCUUCCCCCUCAAUUUGUUUUGACGGUGUCGGUGAUCUCCUUCCUCCGGAAAUUUUUAGCCUUCCAAUAAUUUUUUUUUUAGAUUUUUUUUUAUAGAUCAAUUCUCUUAUUCUCUCUCUCUCUCUCUCUCUCUCUCUCUCUCUUGUUGGAUCUAAUUCAGAUCGGAUUAAAAGAUGGCGGCAACGAGACGGUUACGCGAACUCCAAUCACAGCCAGGUAACAAAACUUGCGUAGAUUGCAACCAAAAGAAUCCACAAUGGGCUUCAGUUUCCUACGGUAUUUUCAUGUGCUUAGAAUGCUCCGGGAAACACCGUGGCUUAGGUGUCCACAUCUCAUUCGUCCGAUCCGUUACCAUGGACUCAUGGUCCGAGAUCCAGAUCAAGAAAAUGGAAUCGGGUGGUAACGAGCGACUCAACGCCUUUUUGGCUCAAUACGGAAUCCCUAAAGACACCGAUAUCGUUACCAAAUAUAACACUAAUGCCGCAAGUGUUUAUCGUGAUCGCAUCCAAGCCCUAGCCGAGGGUCGCCCAUGGCGGGAUCCACCGGUUGCGAAAGAGACUCUCAACGGAGGUGGUAAUGGAAAUAGAAGGCCACCGUUGAGCGGUGGUGGUGGCGGUGGUAGGGGCAGUAAUUAUGGGAAUAAUGAAGGGUGGGAUAGUUGGGAUAAUGACGAUUCAUUUAGAUCUUCGAGCGAUAUGAGGAGGAAUCAAUCGGCGAGUGAUUUUAGGGGAGGGAAUAAUCAUGGUGGUGGAAUGGGAGGUGCUCCGGUGAGGUCGAGGUCCACGGAGGAUAUGUACACGAGAUCCCAAUUGGAGGCGUCGGCGGCUAAUAAAGAGAGCUUUUUUGCGAGGAAGAUGGUGGAGAAUGAAUCGAGGCCCGAGGGGUUACCACCUUCGCAAGGAGGGAAAUAUGUUGGGUUUGGAUCGAGUCCUAUGCCUACCCAAAGGAAUAAUAAUAAUAAUUCUCAGGGGGAUGUGCUCUCUGUUGUAUCUCAGGGGAUUGGGAGGUUAUCUUUGGUAGCUGCAUCCGCUGCUCAAUCUGCUGCAAAUGUUGUCCAAGCAGGGACGAAGGAGUUCACCUCCAAGGUUAAGGAGGGUGGCUAUGAUACCAAAGUUAACGAAACUGUCAAUGUUGUCACUGCAAAGACAAGUGAGAUUGGCCAGAGGACAUGGGGGAUCAUGAAAGGGGUCAUGGCAUUAGCUUCUCAGAAGGUUGAGGAGUACACUAAAGAUGGCAUGAACUGGAAAAAUGAUAGUAACUGGCAACGAAAUGAUAGUGAAAAGAAUGGAUAUUAUCAGGAGUUUAAACAGGAGAAUAGAGGAUGGAAUUCUACUUCUGGAGGACAAUCCUCCUCUGGUGGGAAUUAUAAUUCUUAUAGCUCAAAUUCUUGGGAUGACUGGGACACAAAAGACAAUAGGAAGGAAGAUACUACGAAAGUGACUGCUUCUCAUAGCAAUGAUGGUUGGGCUGGCUGGGACGAUGCCAAGGAUGAUGGAUAUGAUAAUUUCUAUAACGGUUUAUCUGAUAAAAAAGCUGUCGGCCACAAUGGAAAAUCAGAUGCCACAUGGACAGGUGGAGGCUUUCUUUAAGGUUGAACUUGAAUGAUAUCACAUUUAUCAGAACCUUACUUAUCCACAAAAGGUAACUAAUACACAAUUGAUUCGUUCUGGGAUAAUGCACACAGGGGAUGGAUAGAAUUUUUUCUACCUUAGCACAGCUGCUAAGAAAAUUGUUCGUGAAUUAGAUCUCCAAAUGGAAGAGGGAACGCUUUUCAUGAAGUUAGUGUAUCUUUAGCAACUCGUUUGCCCCCCCCCCCCCCCUCCUUUUUUUUUUUUUAAACUUUAACAAUUUUAUUAUGUAAUUUCUUGGGUAAGUUUCGAGUUUAAGAGUAGUUUGUAUUUGUAAAACUGUGGACAGAAAAUGCUAAUUGCCCAAUUGGAAAGAGGUCUGGUUGUGAGUGUGAGGAAACGUUAUCUGCGACAUGAAAAUUCAAAGUUGCUUUGGAUAUGUACCAACUGUAGCUAAAUAUUUUUUUUCCUAUCCUUUUGUUGUGUGCUUUGUUUUAUUUCUGGUAAUCUUUAGUAGUUUGAUCUUUUGUUGAAAUAUUUCAUGUUUUGACCAACACUCUGAUCUAAUUACUAGUGAUGGAAGAGUAUUUUGCAAAUUAUCUGGAUGCAAAACGUGCUCUUGUUGUCAAGAAACAAGUGAACUUCAUAAGAACACAGCUAAAAGUCUAUAAGUCUGUCCCAUACCUUGAUCAAUCCAAGGAAUGUUGAGAAGUUCAUGUUAUUAUAACUUUUGUCCAGAAGUUUUUAAUGCGUUUA